ACGACGCUUUUUAUGCCGCUUCUUACUUAGAAGAUCGAUGAUAAGACAGCAAGCGCUUGAAAGUAAAAGAUCUUCCUCACUCAUUGUUAUGUGACUGAGCGAGCAGGCAACUGACGAACACAAUAUGGAACACAGCUGUACGGUUGGAUGGUGUGCGCAACCACCUUUAACGUCUUGGAUAGGAAGCAGUUUAAUAAUGACCACAGGAAACGCUUAUGUUUGUUAAAUUACUGUGUUACAAGCAUAGCGUGUUAGAGACCGUUCAAAAUUCUCGCUCUCAUAGUCUAGUUCUCGCUCUUACGCACUCGGUAAACCAUACACAAGUCCGUGGCUGCAGGCGGUGCUGCUGUUAUUCACUUCCGUGACUUUUUCGUUACUGAAAGUGACUGAUCACUGUUUGCCGGUAGUAAUUUGAAGUGCGGAAGAAAGUGAAGAGCGAAUUGUGAUUUUUUAACUUUCUUACUCUACGAUUCGAAUUAUUGAAUUGUGGAUCUUGUUUUCUCCAAAUUUAACUCAACUUCUAUUAAUUUCCGGAAUUAGUAUAAAUAAUUAUAAUGCCAGUUGGAGGUGCUCUGUUUGGAAAUUCUGCUGCUCGCUCACAAAAUAAAAAUCUUGUAGAAUGCAAAGCGGGCAAAAUGUCUCUGAAAGGAAAAAUGGUUCAUCCGGAUAAAAGAAAAGGUUUAUUGUAUGUAUAUCAGUCUGAUGAUUCUCUUAUGCACUUCUGUUGGAAAGAUCGUCAAACUGGGACUGUUGAAGAUGACCUUAUCAUCUUUCCUGAUGACUGUGAAUUUAAACGAGUGGCCCAGUGCACCAGUGGACGUGUUUAUGUCCUGAAAUUUAAGUCUUCAAGUAGGAAGUUCUUCUUUUGGAUUCAGGAACCAAAGACAGAUAAGGAUGAUGAGAACUGCCGCCGUAUUAAUGAAGUGCUUAACAAUCCUCCAACUCCAGGGUCCCAGAGAAGUGGUGGUGGAACUCCAGAUGGAGAUCUACAGAAUCUGUUGAACAACAUGUCUCAGCAACAGUUGAUGCAGUUGUUUGGAGGUGUUGGGCAGAUCGGCGGACUCUCCAGCUUGUUGGGAACAAUGAGUCGUCCAUCAACAGGCCAGAGCUCUCGUCCUGCAUCUUCUACUCCAUCUACAUCAGCUGGUGCAUCUUCUACUACAAGUUCUACAACAGCUGCUGUCACCUCUGCUACCACUACUGCAGCUGCUGUAACUACUACCUCUAGCAUGACUGCCUCAAGUUCAAGCACUGGGAAAGGUGUUAGUGCUGAGUCAGCCAAGCAUGCUACUACUGCUACUGCUGCUUCUACUUCUACUGCUACUGCUACUACUGCUACUGCUGCUUCUACUUCUACUGUUACUGCUGCUUCUACUGCUACUACUGCUACUGCUGCUACUACUGCUACUGCUGUUACUACGGCUACUACUGCUGCAAGUGCUACUGCAACUGCAUCAGGGCCAUCUACUAUUCAGCUGAGUGAUCUUCAGAAUUUUCUGUCUGGGUUGAAUGUUCCUGGAGGAGAUGGUGCUAGUCACCGCUCAGUUGACUUGUCUUCUGCCUUAACAAUGGAGAAUCUGCAAGCUGUAUUAGGGGAUCCCAGUUUGGUGCAUGAACUGCAGCAACAUCUGCCAUCUGGGAUUGGUGGGAAUCCACCUCCUCCAGCAUCUGAACAGUUACGAUCAACACUGACAUCACCUCAGUUUCAGCAGGCUUUAAGUAUGUUCAGUGCAGCCUUGCAGUCAGGUCAGCUUGGUCCUGUAGUUCAGCAGUUUGAGGUAGGAGCUGAAGCUGUGGAUGCUGCAAACCAAGGCAACAUGGAGGAAUUUGUAAAGGCUCUUCAGAAGGCAAGCAUUGACAAGGAAGAUGAAAAUAAGCAACCUGGUGGGGAUGAGAAACGCAAGAAGAGGGAGGAUAGUAGUAAGAAGGAUGAUGAUGAUGAUGAAGGUAUGUCCCUUGAUUAAUGUGCUCUUGAAGGGGGAAGGUGAAUUUUCAGAUAUAACUUUGUUUUAUGUAUUUUUAUUAUUAUUGUUGGAGAAGAAAUUGAUACCAGAAUAACUCUGUUCUGCUUUGGUGGUUAUUGAUUUUUCUAUUUAAAAUUUAUGUUACCUGAUUUGCUCAAAUAUAAGAGCAUAUUUAUGUAAAGUCAGAAUGCAUGUUACAUGCAGAUUUAUUGGGUGAAAUAAAGCAUUUCUUUUAAUUUUUCUUGUAUGGCAUUACUUGGAAUUCCCUAUUCCAUUAUGAAGAUACAUAAUUCUAACACAUAUUGACACUUUAUUUUCGCUGUGCAAUUCAUCUCAGACACGUUUUAAGACAAUCUGUUCAGAAUAUGUCUUUUGCUAUUCCUUGUAAUGGUUUCCUGUCACAUUUGGUCCUUUUAUGUUUUGUUCUUUUGUUGACAUAUCUCAUCUGUACUAUACAGAAAUACCCUGCUCAAAGCUAAUUCAGUAUUAAGCUGCUUGAAAGGUAUGUACACCCACACCUGCAAUGUGCUGAGUUGAGGUGUAUGGUAUAUUACCAUUCAAAACUAGUCCUACACUGCUUCAGUUGUAGCAUGUAUGUGCACACUAUACCUUGCUAUUGCUUUGUAAUUUUUAAGAUUUUAAAUUAUCUGUGCCCAUAAUAACUGAAAAAAAUCAGUUAUAGGCAUGGAGAAUGAUCAAAAGUGACAGGGAAAGUAUGACUUUCUGACAGCAUCCUGCAGAUCCAAAGUAGAACUACGUGUAACCUGGAGCAACUGCUCAGUUGGAUGAUUCACAGCCUGAAUCAUCUCUUCAGCAAUGUGUAAUAGGCAGUGAAGACUAAAUUUCAGUGUCUUUAAUUAGGGUUAUUUUAUUUUACAUUGUGCUAUAAUGUAUUUUUAAUUUAAAUGUAAAUAAUGUUGAGACUGAAUAAAUUAUGUUCCCAGUGAAUUAUGUGUUUGCACAUACUGUAAUCAGUUGUCUAUGUAUGCCAGUGGACAAAUGAGGCCAUUGUGUCACUUCACUCAUAGGUAAGAAAUAACACGUGUUAGUAAAGUUCUCAAUGUAACAUGUUAUGACCCUGUUGAAAGCUUUUCCAGGAAUGCAUCAUAAGUGUUUGGUGGAUUUUAUUGUUUGUGCAUUUUGAAUCAGUUAUUCUUCUUACAUAACACACCUAAUCAAUAAGUGCCUGAGGUUUUUACCUGCAGUAAUAAUAUGGCAUUCUGAGAUUUUAUAAAUGUGUGUCUAUAUAUAUAAUUUUUUUUAAACCUGCAGAUAUAGUUUGGGAUAUGGAUCUGUUGUUAGAAACAUGAACUCUGGUGGGAAGAUUAUCAACAUUUCAGAAGUGUUGGUUGCCUCCAUCAGGGCAGCAAGCACCUCUGAAAUGUAAGUAAACUUCCACCAAACUGCAUGGUGCAACAUUCCAAACACAAUAACUUUCAAAACCUUAGAUAUUCUAUAAUUUUGUAAUGCUGCAAAGCUUUUAUGUUCCUCUGUAUUGUGGUAGAUUUUCAGAAUCAGGUAUCUGUGUAUUUUUAAUUCUUUUGUGCAGUGAGAUGCCAGCAGGUUUUAGUCUCUUUGUAGCCUAGGUUAUUUAUGACUGAGCUUCCUUCAUGUGUUUGCCUCUUACAUUUGAGCAAAUAGGUGGUAACAGCUAUUUUUAGGAAUCAUCAUAAUUUAUUUAUUAAACAUUAAUUAAUUAAUCUGCAUAUGCUCCCUGAAUACUUGUUAAUUAAGGUCCUAUGUGUUUCUGAAAGUUUAAUGUCAUUAAUUAUUUAUAUAGAUUGCUAAGUUGAUACUAUUAAUUUUGCAUGCAUAAUCAUCAUAUUGUAUUUUAUUUCACAUUAUAUCUUAGGGAGCUGGUUUAUUACAACACUACACUAGUCACCUAUAUGCCCUCUAAAAUGCCUACAAAUAUCUGAUUACAAAAAUGUUGAGACAAAAAGAAACUGUGUAGUUGUAUGAAGCUAAAUUAAUUAAUACUUUAAUAUUUAUACCAUACAAAUGUAAUACAUUUAUUGUUCACAAAAACUAUCUUUAGAGAAAUGUUUUAUCCUUAAAUAUAUAUUAACCGGCUGAACAUUAACAAUAAUAAUAAUGGGAUCCAUAAAUUAGUCAGAAGAAAAUUAAUUACUAUGUUGCUUUCAGGCAUGGAAAAUUAACAGGUCAUGCUGUCCAUUUGCUGGCCUAUGUUUUGGGAUUUUUUGUGAAUUUAUAAUGAAAUUGUGUUGGAAGGUCUUUACCCAACUAAUAGGUAUCUUUUUAUUUGAGUUCAGAUUAUAUAGCUGUUUCUCAUCAUGAAAGGAAAUAGAGUUGAGAACAGUUCACUCUUUAUCAUUUGUGUGCCAUCAUGCCAGUAUGUGUACGAUGGCUUCUGUGUUCUCUGUGCUUUGGAAGAAAAUGAAUGUGUGAAAUAUUAAAAAUAAACAACAUAACAAUGGGUAA